UCUAUCUAUCUAUGUAGUUAGUUAUUUUCAAUCAUUCUCCAUGCCUCCUCUUUGACCUAACCACAAACCUGAACUACCCUAAACAUAUCCCUAACCCAACUCUUUAUAACUUACUUAUGAAUAUAUGUGUAUAUAUUUACCUAACAUUACCGGUACUUUUGACUCAUUCACUAACAUAUACUUAUGUGGAGCUGAUUCGAUAUUUAUAAAUGUUAAUGUGUGUAUAAUUUCCUGUAUAACAAUUUGAUUGGUGUGAAAUCUCUUCAGACAUACCUCCCUCCAUAAGAUAUUUUACCUGUUAUACUUACUUGGAUAAGAAAAAAAAGUGCAACUUUAAAGGUGUCGUCGUUGGAUCAUUUUGGCCAUUUAGAGUAUUGAUUUGUAUGAGCCCCGGGUCUUCCUUAACUCUGAAUUAUAAAGUAGGUGUGUUUAUUAUAACAUGGUGCCACACAUCUUACAUGUACAAAGUAUAAAAAAUGUUUUAAAAAAGACUGGAGGGGGAUCUGCAAAGGCCUGGUGGCUAUCACAUUAGGGGAACCCUUUCUGGAAGUGGCUGAUUAACGAUUACAGGGCCUGCUGCCGAGUUUGCGUGACCCUUACAACUCCACGAAAUCCUCAGCUAAUCUCGGCAAGGCUGGGGGGAGUGCGAUUAGCAUCUCACAGGUGACCUGACCAAUAAGUCCAUCGCCAGGCUGUCGAUGCUUAUGGACUUUGAAAGCGCUUUUCUAUCUUGUCUGUUUGCUUUUUGGAAGGAAUCCUUGGAACUUAUAAUGAAUCCCGAGGUAUUUUUUCCCGAUCCGUCCUCCAAGUGACUGGGGUCCUGUCGUUGAAAUCAUGUAUCAAAUCUUCAGGACGUUGGUGUUGAUCUGCUGCUUUCACACGGUUCGUCCCUUCUGUCCGGCCCAGUGCACUUGUGUUUUCCAUGGACGGAGCGAUGGAUCGGGAACCAGGUCUGUGCUCUGCAAUGACCCCGACAUGUCCGACAUCCCCGUCAAUGUCCCUGUGGACACCGUCAAGCUCCGGGUGGAAAAGACCGCCAUCCGCCGAGUGCCGACAGAAGCGUUUUACUACCUGACAGAGCUCCGUUACCUGUGGAUCACAUACAACUCUAUCACCUCGGUGGACACAGGGAGUUUCUACAACCUCAAAGUGCUCCACGAGCUGAGGCUGGAUGGUAACGUGAUCUCUGUUUUCCCAUGGGAGUCCCUCAAGGAGAUGCCCUUGUUGAGGACCUUGGACCUGCACAACAACAGGAUCACCAGCAUUCCCGCUGAGGCCAUUCCCUACCUGCAAAAGCUUACGUACUUGGAUAUGUCCAGCAACAAAUUAGCAACCCUGCCCUCGGACCUCAUGGAUAUUUGGCCACCGUUUAACGGCGAGCCACUCACAUCAAAUGUUUCCCAAAAGGUGGUGCUGGGACUCCAAGACAACCCCUGGUUUUGUGACUGUAAGAUAUCCAAGUUGAUCGAGAUAUCCAAAAUGGCAGUAACACCCGUUGUUCUGAUGGACCUGUUCCUGACCUGCAGUGCACCCGAGAACCUCAAUGGCGUCCUCUUUCAGCGCGCCGAGCUUGACAAUUGUGUCAAGCCCUCGGUCAUGACGUCUGCGACAAAGAUCACGUCCCCACUCGGUAGUAAUGUUCUUCUGCGAUGUGACGCAACAGGGUACCCAACACCAAGCCUAUACUGGUCUCGGUCUGAUGGAUCACUAGUUAACAACACAGUACAGGAGUCACCAGGGGAUGGCAUCCGAUGGUCCAUCAUGAGUGUACAUGGGAUCCUGCACAAAGAUGCUGGGGACUACAGCUGCAGAGCCAAGAAUGACGCUGGUGCAGCAGAAGCCACCAUAUCCCUUUCAGUGGCCGGCACUAUGAGCACCACCAUCUCUCCGGUGAUGCCCAAUGUUGGGACGGGACCAACAGGCUCAGGCUGGACAUACAGUCCUGCAGGAGAUGUAACCAUCUUCACCUCAACCGUUCCCAUGGUCCAGACAACUGCAGUGGCCCUCUCAGUGAAGCCAAAGACAUCUUCAAGUAUCCAAAGGGGUUCGCUUCAGCCCGCAAAGAUCCAGCAAGGUGGUGGCGGGCGGAAGUUUGUGUCGGAUGAGAAAAGUAAGAAAAGUGAGUCGUCAAAGCUGGUCAAAGACUUGGAGAUUGUGGAUGAAACAUCUGACAGUGCGGUUUUGGUCUGGAAGGCAGAGGGGUUACCCAAGAACUCUCCCCUCACCGUUGUUUAUUCCCCUUAUGGAGAAGAUGGUGAAGAUGACUACAAAAGAACAGUGGAGACUACUGCAGGCAGUGGCAAAAUUCUGCUGGAGGAACUCUCACCUGGUUUAAGAUACUCGGUUUGCCUCGUGGCCAAGGGUAGUGCUGCCGCAAAGGACCCUUGCAUUGACUUUUACACGCUGGACAUUUUUGAGGAGGGAGGGCAGAACCAGCUUUUCAUCAUCAUCAGCGGUAUUGCCUGCGCCUUGGCGCUGCCGCUCAUCGGCCUGCUGCUCUACAAGAUCCUCACCCUGUACUACAAGGCGAGCGAAGCGGCUCCGGAUGAAGAGGAGCUGGAGAAGGAGAGCUAUGUCAAAUUCGAGACCAUCAACAUGAAGCAAAGGACCAUGAACCCUCACCCGACAGAGCUAUGGGCAAGGAGGCCCACUCACGAGUCGGAAAGACUGCUGCUCUGCUCUCGCUCAAGUAUCGAUUCCCAGAUGACCUACAAGAGUGAUAGUUCACGGUCCGAGUAUCUCUGCUGAUACCAGUACACAUGUAUUUAAAUGCUUAUGAUAAACCAUUGAAAGAAAACAUCAACAUGGAGAGGAUAAAACACAUACACUUUAAGAUUUAAGACACUUUAAGAUUUAGCAGUGGUGGGCCGUACAUUUGUGACCUGGGCCUUCAGUGGGGAUACAUCCAACUAAAUCCAGCUCUUAAUACAACCAUGAAUGCAUUGCAAUUAGUCACCAUCAAUACCACACAAAAAUGCAAUUGUGCCACAUAAAUCAUCUGCAGAAUCAAUAAAUAUCUCAUAUACAGUAGAUGAUAGAAAAAUGUGAUCAAACUCAUUGCACACCAGAGAUUCUUAUAUUUUACCAGCACAACUGACUGUGAAGUUCCUCGGCAGAUUAGAUUGACAUAGCAAUGCAGGGAGGCUCAAAUCUUAUUAGACAACAUUUUGAAUGUAAACAUACUGGAAGCAGUGCAACCAAUAGAACCCUACAAAAUGAAGAGGAAAAGGAUUCACUGCUGCAAUUUGGAAACCACCCUUUAAUGCUCCCACAGGUUUGUUCCUAUGCUUGACUCAGAUAGGUAUGCAUUCCCUUAUCCAUCUUGUAGCCUUAUAUCUGUUUAGAAUUUUCAGACAGUGUCGCAACAAGCCAAGAACUUUGGUGAACUGGCGUAUAAUACCAAGCAAAGUGUGUUUUUCUUUGUGAUAUUCAAUGCCAAAAUUAGGCACUAGAUCUGAAUAUCAUAUGCGAGACUAGUCAAGUCAUUUAUUCGUAGGUAUUUCUUGUUACCCACAACGUCCAAGGAUGCCUUACCUGACUAAUGUUUAUAAAAUGUGACUCAUAUGAAAGGUUGCCACUUUUUGUCUUUAUGUAUAUAUUUGUUUUCAAGACUAUUACGGUAUGUACAUUUGUUUUAAUAAAAUGAAAUGCAUCUGAAAUGUUGUCAAAUAAUUCAAGUAAGAAGACAAAGUAACCUAUGAUGAGAUUAAAGGGUAGAAGAUUAGUGAAAUUCACUGGAACGGUACGGCGAAACUAGCGUCUUUUGAAAAAAAAAAAGUAAUUGGAGGUCACGUGUGUUUGCUGAAGAAAACAACUCACAGUAGAAUGCAGGACUAGUAUGUUGAGAAAAAAAAAAAUUGAGGAAAAAUAUUUUCAGGAAAAAAGUGCUCCCACAACGUUUGAAACCCCCUGAGCUACGGAGUAUAAAGAUCGGGAUUCUGGUAACAAUGAAAAAGGGUUGUUUGACAUGAACAGUGUGGCUUUAGCCUUUCCAGAAUGGUGAAGAAGACUGCAGUAAUGGCUAAGAGAGCUGAAAAGCGAGACGGAGCUAACAUAUU